AUGACAGGGCAGAAGAGAAGGGCUGUUGACAGUGUCGAGCUUGCGGAGCAAGCAAAGCUAAAGAUCAAGGUCCGCCUUGAGAUACGCAAAAAGCAAGAGGUGCAUCGAUCCAUCUCCGCAAGAGUCAUCAUUGGAAGCCCACAAGUUGAAAUCUGGGUCGGCGAAAAACAACAAGCGUUUAUUGUGCACCAACACCUCCUCACUCUCCAUUCUGGCUAUUUCAACAGGAGGUUUUCUAUCGAUGAGGAAGAUGAGAAAAUCCAGCUCCCUGAAGUCCAACCCAAAAGAUUCACCGACUUCGUUUCGUGGAUGUACUAUGGCACCUUGCUGGACACGGACGUUACCGAAUCAGAAACUGCAGGAGAAGAUAAUUGGGCACUUGGCAGCUUCCUGGAAGCACCAUCGUUCCAGAAUCAUUGUAUGGAUGACUGUUUCAGACAUGCUUGCAGGGAUGAGAGGAGGCAUUUUGUCUAUGUCACCAGCAUCGAGUCUGUUUACAAAGCAACCGAGAAAGCUUCCGUGGCCCGCAAGUUUACGACUGAUCUGAUGAACUGUCUGAACCCAUUGAAGAAGCUCAAAGAAGGAUCUGAGAAGUGGAAUGAUUGGACAGCGAUGCUCGAAAGAUGCCCCGAUUUGAAGGCUGACAUGGAGAAUGCAGUCAGACAGGACUGGAACGGAACAUAUCCUUGGGAUUGCCAGUAUCGGGACUCGUACAUGGUGGAGGAAUUCAAUUUGGGGGAGCGCUGGGAGGAGCAGAUUUUGGCGAGACGAUCGCUGGAACAAAUUACUAUGGAUGCAGCGACCGGAGAGAUGAAAAGUGUUCUUCAGCUUUCACACCUCAAGCGGAAGAAGUGA